AUGUUUCGUGAUUUUUUCAUCCACCUGGCAGCCGUUGGAGUUGGCUCCACUGUUGGCCAUCGACAGGAGCCCGGGCUUGCACUUCAGAAUGAAGUUCUCAUCGGGAAAUCGCUCACCAAAGACCCAGCAGCCAUCGGUGCCUGUGCCAUCACCUUUGACGAAGUCUCCGCCCUGGAUCAUGAAAUCCUGUGCCACCGCGUUUCGGUGCGUUUCCGUGACGGAGCGACGACCUUGGCAUCACAUCAUUCUGUAGAUCCUAUCUUCCAUCGACGCAUCACAGCAGAAAUGGAUCGCUUGAGGCAAACGCCAUGGAAGUGCAGGUACUGCAAAAGAUUGAACAAGGCAGUGGCGAUUUACUGUGGUCAGUGUGGCAGGCACUGGACAGAAGCCUUGGAUGGCAGUUAUUGUCAUCCACUACCACAGGGCGCCAAAGGAGAAGACUACUACUCUCAUUGGGAAGAGGAGACACCGUGGGAGCAAGAGGAUUGGCAUUCCGGCAGAUGGCCGUCCCGAUCCUCUCGUGCCUAUUCACGCUCUCAGACACCCCAUGGAGCAAAGAAGUCUCGCAAGACCAAGAAGAACAAAAAGCAGAAAGAGUUGACAGAACAUCAGGCACCUCCGCUACCAGAAGCCCCGUGGCAUCACAAAGGAGGAAAAGGCUAUGCUGCUGGUCCUUCAUCGUCAGCGAUGUCAUCAGCACAAGAAACCAAAUCAGAUCAGAAGUUGAAGCAGAUCAUAGCGGCUUUGAAAAAGAACGAAGCCAAUUUGACCCCAGACCUGCAACUGCUAGUUCAAGAGACGACCAUGGUCCAAUCACAGGACAAUACAAGGCAACUGCACUCUGCGGUCUCCAAAUUGGGGCAAGCAAAGAAGGCAUUGCAGAAGCUUCGUGCGUCCAGGCAAAAUCUGCAUGUGGUGUGGAAGAACUAUAUCGCGGAGAGCGUCACCAAGUGGAAGGGCUUCUGCGAACAAUUCGAAAAGCAGGACAGCGAUCUGGCCAAGCAACUCCACGAGGCCAUUCAAUCGGUGAAGAUUGCAGAGGCAGGUUUGGAGUCCACCAAGAAGGAUGCCAAAGAGACCAAAGACGACGACGACAUGUCGGAUCAAGGCCCUCAAGAGAUCUCGGACGAAGAGAACCCAGAGCAACUGGAUGUCAAUGGAGCCAGUCUCAUGGGAGGCAUGAACGACAUGCUCAAGAACCUCGAGGCGCUGCAGCAAUGUGCCGAAGCAGCCAUCGAGGCCAAAGCUCCCAAGCGUCCAAGAUUGGAGGAUCCUGGAGAAGAAGAUGGUGGACCAUCUGCUGCAGCCUCUUUGCAUCAGAAAGCUGGCUUUCGAACAGAACUUCGAAAGUACUCCGCACCACUUUUGCAGAAGAUGUCCACGUUGCAAUUGGUGAGGAAGACUCUCUUGCAUAUCACGAGGCAAGGACGCACUGAAUGUCUUGGAGAAGGGCCAGUCAUCCAUGUCAAUAGUUGGUUUCUUCAUGGUCGAGUUCUGCGACGUAAUGAUCGCCCACGUGUGGUUCGACUGGAUUCAGAAUGGCAAACUUGGCGUGAUAUUUUCAUUGAGACAUGGCAGGAUCUCAUUGAUCCAGGCUUGGAUAUCAGCUUUGGAGUUGUCAGCCCAGGACCCCCAGCGUUAGUGUUCCAAGGCCAUGCUGCACAUGUAAUUCUACACCCAGCAAUGCAUGAGGAACCCACGGCAGUGGUUUCAGGCAUUUUCCGUGGCAUGCAGUGCGAUGCAAUUGUUCAAAGUGCUCAAGUGGUUCCCAUUGUGCUUGUGCCAACUCAAAUCAUUGCAUUGGUUCCAGCGGAAUUGCAGUGUGUAACCAGAACAUGCCAAGUCUAUGCGGGAGUGCUUCCACUUCUGCAUGAGCAACCACGCCGUGCCAAUGAUUUCACAAGUCUGGUUGUCGAGAUUUUUCCAACUGAAGAGGCUGAAUUUGAUGCCACAUCGUUUAUGGCCUUGGGUGCAAUUACGAGAUCAUCUACACCCCAACCAGCGAUUGCUGACAUGCGACAAGCAGUUCGACAAGAAGAUGAUUUCCAAGAAGAAGAUGAAACAUCCCCUACGUCGACUGAGUCGGAUUCUCAUGACCCAGCAUGGCAACAAACGAUUGUCUUCUCGGUUCAACGACAGCCAGCACAACGCAUGCUCAAUUGGGCAAACCAGGCGCUCCAAAGAUACCAGGUUGCCACAUUGCUGGGUUUUGAGCGCAACGAGAUUCAAGAGGUCUAUCACAUCCCUUUUCCACCGCAAGACAUCCGUGAUCAACGAUUACAGGCAGUCUUGGCGAGGCAUGUGCAUGAUCUACCACAGGAGUCAUCACAUUGUUUUGUCCUUGUGGAUACCGAAUUUCAUGAUCGACCACCGAGUUGGGAUGUUGUCAAUGUGAGGAUUGCCCUUUCUCCGCCGGAGGAUGACAUCGUCAGCACACCGCCCAUUUGCGUUGCGAGAAUGUUCCAAAUGGGAAUUGAACCGGAAGACAUUGACAACUUCUACAGCGUCAUGCCGAAUAUCGAUGAGGAUCUCCAUACCAUUCCAACCCCAUAUGCAGUGGCAGAUGCUAACUCAUCUGGGAUUGGUUCGGAACAAGGUGUACCAUCUGACAUUGAUGAGGAGACUCUGGAUGAAACAGUUUUGUAUCAACAGCGCACCACAUUGCAGCCAGCACCACUACAAUGUCAUGAUCAAACUGAUUUUUCCAAGAUUGUCAUCGAUUGUCAAAAGCAAAACGAAGAGAACCUUGAUCCACACCUUGGACAUCAGCAUGGUUUUGAUUUGCCAGAUUUAGAAAGAGCACUACUUUCUUACUGGGAGCAGUUCGCUCGUCUGGGUCCUGGUGGUAUGGAGCACUACAUUACCAUUCAAGUAUGGUUCAAUGACCAUGCCAACUAUCAGAUCUGUGAUGCCCCGCGUGCAGUGAAAGCAAGUCUUCGCUCGAAGCCUAUUGAGUUGGUUGCACUCUUGGAUGAGUCACCUCCAAAUGCAGCGGUGACUGUUUUCAGCAUGGUGGACUUUCUAGCAUUGCCGAGCUUCAUUGAAGUGCCCUCCCCGAUCACGAAUGAUGCAGUGGAGCAAGAGCUGUCUCUUUGGGGACACCAGUGCCACUGCUGGAUUCAUGAUGAGUCCUCCAUCGCGGUUUGCUGGCCAAAGGCAAUGAGGACUAUGUUUGCAUAUUGCUACAUCUAUAUCCAAGCUGAUUCACCAGGGACUUCUCCACCGAUCUUCAGUCAAAGUGACCAGCCCAGGAAUGAGAUCCAACAUAUGCGUUUUCUCUAUGGAGCUGGUUUUCACAGAGCAGCGUUGAGACAACCAUUUUUGCCCACUGAUGAGCAUUUUCAGAUUGUGUACUUCCGUCAAUGUGAGCCCAUCCUUGCAGAGAUCCCUGGUAGAGACAGGCUACCUUGGCCCAAGCGUCUGCCGUGUCAAGGUGAUCAUCCUUUCUUUGUAGCUGCCAAAACCUCAGAGUGUAGGAGCGCAUGUAGGCUGCAUAUUGGUAUCACAGCGGAUGAAAUUGCAGAUUUUUUCCACUCAGCGGAUUGCAUGCUCUGCUCGUCACUGGGCGGCAUUGACCUUCCUGAACAUGUUCGUGACGCAAUUGAUGCGUGUGAGCCUGUCGAGCGUAUUGACCGCUUACUCAUCUAUUGUGACGGCAGUUCCAUUCCUGCACAACGCAGGCGUCCACCCCUACGUGCGGAUGAGGAAGGGCAAGGUGACACAUGGGCAUUCCUUGUUUUGGCUGAACAAUAUGGAGAGCAAGGAACCUCAAGAGUCAACCUUUUGGGGUGGUCCGCACAACCUGUUCUUUUUGACCCAGAAGCAGCCCAUUUCACUGGCUCCUCAAAGAUCGGAUCAGAGACGAGCGAGCGUGAAGCACUUCUGUGGUGCGCAUUGUGGCGCUUAGCGCAUAACACAGCGAUCCCGACUACGUUCUGCACUGAUUCUUUUGUUGCAGAAAAGCAAGGAGAUGGAUCGCAUGGAGCAGCACACACAGAUCAAUCAUAUAGGUUGCUCAGAGCGGUUUUUCAAAGCUUGACGGAAGCCAUUGGUGAGGAAGCACUGAGCUUCUCUCACGUUGCUGGACAUAGUGGUGACCCAUGGAACGACUUGGUCGAUGUUCUUGCAAAACGAGAAAGAGAGAAAUCGUUCUUGUUGCCUCGUCAAACACUUGAUUGUCGUCGAUGGCGAGAUGCAUUGCAGCAUCUUUGGAUGAUUUUUGCAUCGGAUGAUAGUGUCCCGUUGUUCAGGGGUGACCAUUUUGAUAUCAGUGCUCCAAAGCUUCCGUCUGCCACGCUGCCUCCACAGCCGCCUGAUGCAUUGCGCCAUUGCCACAUCCAAUACCAGCUCAGCUUCUGCACUGCGAAUGUGCAAUCGCUGCACACUGGUCCCUCGGGUUUCAGCAAUAAGACGCAGUUUUUGAGAGAGCAGAUGAUCCAACACAAGUUCAAUUUUCUGGGAAUGCAAGUCAUUGACUCAUUUGAUCUUUGCAAUGGUGACAAUGAUCACAGUGCAGUAGGCCUUCAACUGGUGUGGUCUGCAACAACCUAUAGUGAAACUGGACCAAAGAAGAGCAGGUCGUUUGAUCGCAGCAAGAUAUGCAAGGAACAAAUUUCUGAGGAGCUACGAGCAAUCAGCAUUCCCAGUUGGGACACGGACAUUGAGCAACACAUUGCUCAGCAAACUGCGCAGUAUCUGUCCUGCCUACGGAAGAAGUGCGCACAAUCAAGGGGAGCUCCAAAGAAAGCCUUCAUCACCCAGGAAAAGAUGAGAGAGCAGGGCUUACUGCAAUUUGUGGCCGAUCAACGCUCAUUUGACCCAUUUCAUGACCGUGCGUUUCGUUCCAAAGCGGGUGAGGGAGCGCACAUGUUCCGCAAGCACGGGGUCAUUUCUGGCCUGCGAUGGCUCUUUGAUGGGACUGCUUGCCCGGCGUGCUUGCGCGAGUAUCAUUCAGUUGGCAGGUUAAAAGCACAUCUGCGCCAGCAGGAGCAAUGCCGCCGCAUUCUCCAAAACCGUGGUGCCCUCUCACAGCCGUGUCCGGGCAUAGGCUCCCAAGAACAUGCCGCCCAAGUUAGAGCCGAGGGAGGCCUGUUACCUCCGCUUCCUGGAGUUGGUCCUCUCCCUUGUCCGGUCCCUCAACGUGAGAUUGUUGAGUUUGACACGGACUUCCUUGCUGAUAUUGCGGAAAUUUUAUUGAUGACAUGCCCAGUGAUGGACAAGAUGAGAUUGGUUCGAGCAGCAGGCAUUGAACGAUGCCUUUCAUGGACGGCCUUUGAGCAGACCGUUCAGCAUGCCCAAUCUACAUGCGAUGAAGUCUCCGCUGCAGCAUAUGGUUUUGGCUCCAUUUCUGACUUGCAUACCUUUUGCGGUGCACUUCUAUGUGAGCAGAACUGGGAUUUCUUUGUUGAGGACAAGUUGCCUGAGAGGAAAACCACUCCCACGCUUGCCGACAUUGAAGAAGCAUUUGUGAGUAGCAAGAUCGACGCUGGGUGCCAGAUCGACCCAUGCUUCUGGGACCGUUGUAGAACAAUGGUCGUUGAUGAUUUCAACCAGUGCAUUGGGCCUGACUAUGCACCAUAG